CUCAACGACCAUGUUGACAGUAUUUUCUUCUAAAUACCAGCUCUUAAUAUUUUGAGGGAUGUUCACAGUAUUUUUGCAGAUUCGUUCAGGUUUUGUGGAUUUUUAAGGAUUAAUUUCUAUCCUGGAGCUCCUGCCUGUUUAUUUAUGGCACUGCUAAGCAUCCUUUUAUUAGGAAUGACCAAAAAUCAAUUUCUCUUUUUUCCAUGGUAAGCGUGCGGUCUUGGUUCUCCAGAACAAGCAGGGGUAUGGAGCCCAGCGCCGUCCCUUCACCACAGAGGACGAAGCCUGGAAGUCUUUUCUGGAGAACCCGCUGACAGUCGCCACCAAGGCCAUGAUGAGCAUAAACGGAGACGAGGACAGCGCUCAAGCUCUCGGCUUCCUCUACGACUACUAUGAGGUGCCCAGGGAGAAGAGAACAAUACCCAAGACAGAGUCGCUGGUCUCUGAUGUGGAUCCAAACAAAAGGCACCAGAUCCAGGCCAGACAUCCAAUAGUUCCUCUGCCGGACGCUGGUAUGGAGAACAGGAUCCAGGUCCUUAAAACACCCGUCAACAUUCUUCAGCUGGCCCAGGACAAGACCAGGACUCAUUUUCCUUCACCAGACACCACCGUCACCGUCUCCAUCGCCACUGUGCCGAACUACACGCCUGUAAAGACGGAGGUGCCAGCCCACGGCUUCUCUGUCACGGUGCCGAACAACUGCAGCGAAACGGACGGUCACGUGGGCGUCUUCGAGCGCCAUCUGGCCCAGACCGUGGUGCAGUGCAACUCCAGCGCCCCGUCCCGCACUCCUCCCGACUCUACCUUCUCCGAGAGCUUCAAGGAUGGUUCCCAGGAGAUGUUUACGUUCCCAGGAGAUCUCCAGUUACGCAUGGCCACCAUGACCCCCGAGGACUACACUCAGUUUGAAACGGCACCAGGGAGUAACUUCGAGUACUCUCUUGAGGCAUCCAAAUCUCUGCGUCAGAAGACUGGUGACGGGACGAUGACGUACCUCAACAAGGGACAGUUUUACCCCAUCACACUCAGGGAGGUCGACAACAAGGGCAUUCAGCAACCCAUCACAAAAGUCAGGAGUGUGGUGAUGGUCGUGUUCGGAGAGGAGAAGUGCAGGGAUGAUCAGCUGAAACACUGGAAGUACUGGCACUCCAGGCAGCACACGGCCAAACAGCGGUGUCUCGACAUCGCCGACUACAAAGAGAGCUUCAACACCAUCGGCAACAUCGAGGAGAUUUCCUACAACGCCAUUUCCUUCACGUGGGACACGAACGAGGAAGCCAAAAUCUUCAUCUCCGUCAACUGUCUGAGCACCGACUUCUCCUCUCAGAAGGGGGUGAAGGGUCUUCCUCUGAACCUGCAGAUCGACACGUACAGCUACAACAACCGCAGCAACAAGCCCAUCCACCGCGCCUUCUGCCAGAUCAAAGUGUUCUGCGACAAGGGAGCGGAGAGGAAGAUCCGCGAUGAGGAGAGGAAGCAGUCCCGCCGGAAAGGGAAGGUCCCGGAUCUCAGCCAGAACCUGGCCUUUCCAGAUGUUAAAGUUUCCCUCCUUCAGAAGAGAAACGAUGUGACCAUCUUCAAGACGUUGGGCGACCUUGAGACCCAACCCGUCCUGUUCAUUCCUGACAUCCACUUCUCCACCUUCCAGCGCCACCCUUUCCCCACAGAGGAGGGAGAAGAUGGCAGUUCAGGUAUGAGGAGAUUACCCUUCAGCGAUGAUGAGUUCGGGUCACCGCCAAACAAGAUGGCGAGAGCGGACGAGCCCAAGAAAGUCCUGCUGUACGUGCGCAAGGAGUCAGACGAGGUGUUUGACGCCCUCAUGCUGAAGAAUCCCACGCUGCAGGGCCUGGUGGAAGCUAUUUCAGAGAAGUACGAUCUUGCUCUGGAUAAGAUUGGAAAAGUCUACAAGAAGUGCAAGAAAGGUAUUCUGGUCCACAUGGACGACAACAUCAUCAAGCACUACUCCAAUGAAGACACCUUCCAGAUCACCAUGGAGGAGCAGGGCGGCGUGUACAAGUUAACUCUCACAGAAAUCUGAUUCACACAGAGGUGGAAGAUGAUUGUAGCCGUCAGGUUUACACUCCUCGCUUUGCAGAGAUUAUGGACUUGAUAUAAAACUCCAAUAAGGUAAAAAAGAAAAUAAAAAGCCCUCAAAUUGGUACAUCGUAGCCGGAGCCUUUAAGAGAGAACAGUGAUUGUUUUAAAAAACCUAAGUUUGCAUUUACUGCAAAGCUUUUUCUGUGCAUAAAAAGAACAGCAAUUAAGAAUAUAUGUGUGUUUGUGUUCGAUGAGCUGGAGCCUAUAUGUUGGUGCGUAGCUUUAUGCAAACUGUUCGUGGUUGUGGAACAGUUUGGUAGCUGCUAUACCUCAAGCUAUACAAGCAGCAGAGCUUUUUUAUUCAGAGGUUUUGAAUGUAAUUAUAUAUUGAAAAAAUUAACUUCCCUUUUUCCUCUCCAUAAAGUCAUAGCACUGAUGACUAGAACCUGCAAAGUUGGAAAAUUCGCACUCAUAAAUUUGUAUUAUUUACUAAACAGUAUGGCAGUAUUUCGAAUGUCAUCAAUUCGUAGAAUACUGUAAAUAUUUUUUUUUUUUUUUUAGAGUAGUAAUCAGAUUUUCUUUCCCUUUUAAAUUAGUUUAAAUAAGAGGUUUUGUUGAGUAUUACAUAGUUUGUGUUGAUAAAAAUGCUGAAUGUCUGUAGAUCAGUUCAUAUCUAGUAUCUUUCUAGCAGCCUCUUCAGGCUGUCCUGGCAGUGCAAUAAUAAUCAGGCUCAGGCAAAUUCAGAAAAUUAUCCUCUAUUGCCAUAAGAUACAUACUGAUCUUUGUUGUGUUUUUUAUGGAAACAUUGUACAUAGUAUUUGGAAAAGGAUCUGUAUAAUCACUUUUUUAUAUCUUAGUACUUAUUGUGUAUAUAUUUAUUAAGAAUAUGGAUGUGGGUUCUUCAUAUAUAACCAGUUCUCUGUCAUUCCUAUAAUUAUUCAUGAACUUUUUGUAUGACUUCUCCAUUGUGACUACUUCAUGCAGCAAUGCAUCAUGCCAAGGGUGUCACAAUGUGCCUAAUAAAAACUAAACAUCA